AUUGGUUUUUAGUCUGUUUUCUUAUGUUUCGAUGAGGCAGCAUUCGCCGUCUUACAAGAAAAUAAGUGAUCUCUAUCUAUCGUCUAACCGAAAGGUUGUUUCAUUUAUACGAUAUCUUGUAUAAAAUCUAUUGGUCAGACAGUAAACUAUUCUUCAGUUGGUUAAUUAUAGGAACAGACUGACAGCGAAAUCAUCUGAUGAGAGAGACAAAUGUCAUUUUUUGUAAUGAGACAUUUAUGCGACAUCUUACAUUCCUAAUUGGGAACUUAGCGCAACUUCUAGAAUAAGAAGGGUUAUUAUUAAACCGCAGUGUAGGUCCUCGCGUAAAGGAAGUAAUUACGAAGAAGAAGAAGAAGAUUAAAUAAUUGAAGAAUUUUCCUUUUUCUUCUUGACUUAGUAUUGUCUUAUCAUACCUUUUAAAGCUAGUCAAGAUGUCGGAAAAGUAUCAAUUUGGAGUUACGAGUGAUCCAGCAAAGCUUAGAGAAAUCUAUACCGUUUGUGGGGACGCGUUUAGUGCUACUAUUACUCCAGAAGAAUUUGCAGACUUAGAGUCUGGCAAACACGUUAAGGUUUUAAAUGAUGGUGGUAAUCUUUAUGGGUUCUAUGUGGAAGAAAAAGGUACUGGUAAAGUAAUUGCCUCCACUACAGUUAGAGAAGUUGAUGGAUUUUUUAAAGCUGCUGAUAGAAGUUCAGCAUUAUCUUCAGUUCCUGAUCCGGCUGCAAUUGGGGUUAAAAAUGUUAAAUUCUUAUUAGUUGGAUAUGUUUCAACUCAUAAAGAUUUUAGAAAUCAAGGUAUUGCUAAAUUCAUUGUAGGUGAAUCGAUUAAAUAUCUUGAAAAUGAUAUCAUCACCAGAAAAUUAAAAGAAAGUGAUGCCCUGAAAAAGGAUAGUUUUAAAAAUAUGGUAACUAAAGCUGAUGGUCAAAUUGAUACUCAAUUGGCUAAUUACUAUUUAUCUAAGGAAUAUUUUUGGUAUUUAUAUUCUGGUGUUGGUAAAUAUUAUGAAAGAUUUGGAUUUAAAGCUUUCCCCAUGGAAUCAUUUAGAUUGCCUCAUUCUAUUAUUUCUGAAAAGCAAGAAUCAAUCAUUAAAGAUCUUAUUAAAAAUGAAUAUUCUACAGUAGUAGGAGGAGGUAAGAAAUUGAAAUUACUUCGUGGAUCGAAUCUUGAUGAUCAAAAUAUUAUUAAUUCAAUUUAUCAACGUAAAGAAUUAGAAAUCUUAACUGAUUUGAAUAAAAUGAUCUUUCAUCUGGAAUUACAAGGUUCUUCUCAUCAUCCAUCUUCAUCUUUAACUAAUGUUCAUGAUAUUUUAGAAUCCGCUAAAUCUGGUUCAUCAAGUUUUUUAAGUUCGAUAACUGAAGAUAAAACUAAUAGCGUCCCAGGUCAAAGAAGAAAAUCUUCAGCUCAACAAUUUUCAGUUUCAAAAGUUGCUUUAAAACCAGAUUAUGAAACUGUUAAAUGGCAUGUUAGUACUGAAAAUCAUUAUGCUAAAUAUUCUAAUAGUACUCCCGAAAAGAUUGAAUUUACUGAUAUUCAAGGUGCAAUUCUUACUAAUGAAUUACAACAGAAAUCUUAUUAUAUUCUUUGGAAUACUUUGAUGCAAAGAAGUAUGUUUAUCUUAGGUAUGGGUGAAUUACACUCUGAUCCAGUAACUGGUUCAAGAAGAUCAUCUUCAUUUGGUACUUUGAAUGAAUUAGGAGGUUACAAUUUCCAAGAUUGGGAUAUCCUUCUUGCUACUGCUUGUUAUGUUGGUAAGAAUCGUAGUAUUAACUUCCUGAAAGAGAUCUACUUAGCUUUAAAUGAUUUACCAAGUUCAGUUCCAACUCAAUUAUUCUAUGAUCAUCUUUUGAAUUAUUUCCCAAAUCUGUUAGAUAACUCAUCUCAAGAUGCUACUGAUGACAAGGUUGAAAUUAUUACUGAUUGUCUUACUGGUUUACCAAUGAUCAAACUCUUUGGAAGUGAAUCUCCUAAUUUUGAUUUAGAUUGGACUCAUAGUGGAGUUUGGUCCUGGGGUUAAAAGGUCUUUGUGACCUUCCUUAUUUUUUGUUUUUAACUAUAUAAAAAUGCUACCAAAAAAAAAGUCUUAAAUACGUUAUAAAUUUUCUGUCCAAAUAGACAUUCGCUAAACCUAUUUGUGAUUUUCAAUAAAAUGUUGUCUAUAUAUUCUUUUAAAUACUUCGUUAAAUGUAGGAACAGUAAACCAUUACAAAUAUACUAAU